CAGGGAGCCUCACCUCGAGCUCAGCAGCCCCCCGAGGCGCAUCAACCCAACCUUCUCUCCACAAACAGUGCUGCUGCUGCUGCUGUUGCUACCAAGAUGCCUCCAAGAAUAAACAUCCCGCCUGUCACACGCAUUGUGCUCAUCACCCUGGGCUUGCAGAGCAUCUUGAGUGCUGCCAUCCGCUACAAGCAAUGGACAGCAAACUCCGAGAUCGUCAUCCCUUAUCUGAACCUCAUCCCACAGCUGUCUCUCAUCUACCCCUGGACCUUCAUCACCACCACGCUGGUCGAGAGCAAUGUCUUCACUCUGACCAUUGCCGCCCUGACUCUGUACCAGGGCGGGAGGUAUCUGGAGAGGGCCUGGUCCUCGAGGGAAUUUGCCAAGUUCCUCCUUGUCGCUGCCCUUGUGCCCAACACAUUAUGCUUCGGCAUGAUGAUCAUAUUCUUCACUUUCACUCGUAAUGAGACCUGGACACUUACCACCAUUGCUGGCACCAUUCCUUUGCAGAUCAGUUUCCUCGUCGCCUUCAGCCAGCUCGUGCCAGCCCACACCGUCACCCUCUUUCGUGGAAUAUUCUCCCUCCGUGUGCCGCGCUUUCCGCUCCUCUACCUCGGCCUGGUCCUGAUCCUCUCGCUCACGCCGCUCCUGACCAUCGCCUCGUUCCUUCUCGCCAUCUUCGGCUUCCUGACCAGCUGGACCUACCUGCGAUUCUACAAGACCGUCUUCCCCGACCUCGACUCCUCACAGACGCCCUACUCACUCCGCGGCGAUGCAUCCGAGACCUUCGCCUUCGCAGAGUUCUUUCCCGGCCCUGCCAAGCCGCUUGUCGCCGCCAUCGCCGACCAGGUGUUCAACGUGCUCGUUGCCAUGCGCCUGUGCACACCCUUCUCGUCCGCCGAGGUCUCUGCCGCCGCCGGUGGGCCCGGUGCCUACCAGCACACCCACCGCAACGCAGCCCCGGGCAGCGCAAGAGCUGAGGCCGAGAGGAGAAGGGCGUUGGCUCUCAAGGCCCUCGACCAGAGGCUACAUGCCGCCACCGCUGGACGCGCAGGUAUCAGUGCUGCAGCCGGUAAUGCCGGCUUCUCCUCCGUUUCCCCUGCGCCCCCACCGCCGGCCGCCACGGCUGUCCCUCCGCCCGCGACGACAGGGCCCACGGUACAGACGCAGCCGGCGAACAGCCAGACAGCCAUGACCUCGAGGCCGGGCGAUGGGAUGCUGGGCGAAACGAGUUAUAACCCUGAGCAUGACGGCAGCGAGAAGAGCGAGGCAUAGUCUGCUAUACCUGUUACCUCUGGGAGGGAAGGCAACACAAGGGAGGGUAGUACUGUCAUGUAACACAGCUACUGGGCGUAAUUGUUGCGGGAUUCUCUGGCCGUGGUUGGCCGGCUUAUGUGGGUUUAUGAACAAGAUACCAGAAAAGAUGGAGGAAAAGGGGGCCCGCCGCAGGCUUUUCUUCGACUUCUCGGCACUCUCAAUCGAUAGGGUACCAACUUCUAGGAUUCGAAAACGGCCGGGAAUCCAGGUGGUGUUUCGCGAGUAUGGUCGUUGGGCGACUUGUACACUACAACUAACUACAACACCGAAGUUCUCUUCUCAUCAUGAUGUUCUGAUGGGAACCGGGUUGAUUUGCGCAGCAUGUCGAUUGAUCAAUAAAGUUAUAAACGUCUGUCCAGAUACCCUGGAUACAGGAGCUACCACUUUUGCGCGUGAACUGAAACCAAGUCAAGGGCCAUAAAGGCAAAUUCAUCGCUAUUCCGCCCAUACGUAUUCAAGGGUGGCAUCGAGGAAACUGAAUUGGUCAGGAUUCGAGCCCUUCCUAUUCCCGUCGUUACACGUGGCGCCAUCGUAAGCCUUUUAGAUUAGUCUGGCUGUGUAUUCCACCAAAUCGCCUUCUGCCGUCUUUUCUCGUCCACAUUUCUCCACCUUUGCCAUGAAAUUGAACAGACAGACGCGCAAUUCGAAUCUCAUUGCAUAAGCACGCGCAGACAGGUAUACCGUAAACCAAAGAGCUGCACUGACGACAAAAACAAAAGCACGACAACAGAAAGAAGGUCUCGGGUUUGAUACGGGAUUUACAACAAAAAACAACAUCCCUGUGAUUGCUUGCCAUGAAGGCGCCGAUGGGAAGAGAGAAAGAGAAAAGAAAGGAAAAGAAAAGAAACCAAAGUGAGAGUCAAGAAUUCACUUCCAAGAAAGAUAAAGGUUUGUGCCAAGAUCGUGGGAACUACUCAACUUUUGGCCCACCAUUCGACAUCAUGCCUGUGGGCGAUGUAUUCUUCAGCUCACCCGACGAAGAGCCUGGGCCGGAAGCAGUAGGGAGAAUCUUUUUCUCAUCUUCACCGCUGUCGUCAUACUCCUCGUCGAUGUCCAUCUUCCUAGCAGCCCGCUCUGGCUCGUG